AUCCAGCAGCCGUCGCGUUCGGUUUGCGCAAACCUAUCCUCUCUCUUCUCCCGUGAAGGCUCCGCGUGACGCUUGGCCACCAGCUAAAAAAACAAAACUUCCCUCGUGUCUCCAUUCGACCGUGUAAUGGUAGUCCAAAAAUUCGUUCACUCGUCACCGGUUCAAUUACCUCCCUUUAGCCCGAACACCAGACGAGAACACCGUCAAUCGUCCAUCCAAUCUAAGCUGAAGCUGUUUCGGAAUUGGAAUUCGAUUCCAUUCAAAGUGUGGAUGAAGCUUUAGCAAAGGUGUUUUGAAACAGUGUUUUUAGAGAACUUCGUUUUUUGUAAGCUUAAUUUACAAAGAGGAUUGUUUAGUUUUUGUUUCUCAUGUUGAACGCGUGUGCCUAUUAGGAGUGAUUUUGUGCGCUUUUUUUAUUCCCUUAUGUAAUUAAGGCAUUGAUUUUCGUACCGUAUAGUGUAAUGUGUUUGAAUGUUUGAACCGCUUCUAUCCUAGACUAAUUCCAUCCGAGUCAAUCGUUAGUCAAUGUCAUUUCGGUGCCCUAAAGUUGAGCGUAAGCGGGUCAAUCUUUCGAAGAUAAUUGUACAGUAAAAGCAUUAAGUGACGGUUAAUGUUUUAUUUCGUGCUGUCGUGUUUUUGUUGUGUCUGCAUUUCGUUACGUACAUCCUUCAUCUCUGGCAGCAGCCUUCGAAACGCGUGUGUGUGCUUUAAGUGCAGACGACAGCCCGCCGACGAAUAACAAUAUCAAGACGCGGGGGUUUGCGCCUAUUUGCAAACCUUUUGCCGGACGAAACCUUUUGCGAAAUCUACACAAAUUGCUGGUCAUCGUUUGCCAUUUUUUUUUCUUCUUACUCAUCAUCAUCUGCUGACAGUGAGAGAAAGAGACAGAGAGAGAAACAGAACUCUCAUUUGUGUUGUUAAUCUGGGCAUAUGCAUGCAACUACGAUAAGAUAAACAACUUCAUCUCGCGCACUUGACCACCCCUCCACCACACCCUACGACCAUGGAAGGACGGGAUAAUAAUGGAUUCAUCGGGGACAACAGCCCAUCGAUAGCGGGCCAGUACCGUUGGACUACACCGGCAGCACCGAAUGGAGUUCACGUCACCCACGGAGGACUGGCUCUUACUGACGUUGAGCUGGCAGUAGGAGGUAAAACUGUCCCCAGACCAACUCCAGCGACAGGGGAAGAUGCGGCACGAGUCCCUACCACCACAAUACCCGAGCCCAAUGCCGAUCGGGACCAGUGGGGCAAGGGCGUCGAGUUCCUGAUGUCCUGCAUUGCCAUGUCGGUCGGGUUGGGCAACGUGUGGCGGUUUCCGUUCGUAGCGCUCGAGAACGGAGGCGGCGCAUUCGUGAUACCGUACAUCAUAGUGCUGCUGCUUGUCGGCAAACCCGUCUACUACAUGGAGAUGAUUAUCGGACAGUUCUCGAGCCGGGGCAGCGUCAAGGUGUACGAUAUGGCACCGAUCAUGCGAGGCGUCGGUUACGGUCAGGUACUGUCGACGACGAUCGUCACAACGUACUACGCCUCACUGAUGGCGACCACGUUGCGGUAUCUGUUCGAUUCAUUCCAAAGCAUCCUGCCGUGGGCUGUUUGUGAGGACAGCUGGGCCGGCAGCUGCAUUCCGUCCGGGUCGCGCAACGUCACUAUGGCGAGCGAACUGGCGAACGGAACCGCAUUGUCGAACAGGACCUCCUCCGCUGAACUGUACUUUACCAAGGUAGUCCUGAAGGAGCUGGAUGGCAUUGACGAUGGAAUCGGACUUCCAGAUUUGAGAUUAACGCUAUUCCUGGUCCUAUCUUGGUCGCUCGUGUUCCUCACCCUCAUUAAAGGUGUUAAAAGCUCCGGCAAAGCGUCCUACUUCCUAGCGCUCUUCCCGUACGUCGUCAUGACGGUGCUGCUCGUCCGCGCUUGCACACUCCCGGGCGCAGUGGACGGUAUCGUGUACUUCCUCAAGCCCCAGUGGGACAAAAUCUACGACCCGAAGGUGUGGUACGCCGCCGUCACGCAGUGCUUCUUCUCGCUGUCGAUCUGCUUCGGCAACAUCAUCAUGUACUCGUCGUACAACAAGUUCCGGCACAAUGUGUACCGCGAUGCGACGAUCGUGACGUCGAUCGAUACGUUCACGUCUCUACUUGCCGGGUGUACAAUCUUCGGCAUACUGGGACAUCUGGCACACGUGACGGGGAAGACGGACGUGGGAAAUGUGGUGAAAUCCGAUGCGGGACUUGCAUUUAUUUCGUACCCGGAAGCGAUCGCAAAGUUCGAGGUGCUGCCGCAAGCAUUUUCGGUGCUGUUCUUCCUGAUGCUGUUUGUGCUCGGCAUCGGCAGCAAUGUGGCGAUGACGUCGUGCGUGAUGACGGUGAUAAAGGAUCAGUUCCCGCGGGUGCGCAACUGGCAGGCGGCCACGAUUAUUGCAAUCUGUGGCGUGCUGCUCGGUAGCAUCUACGUGACGCCGGGCGGUCAGUAUGUGUUGAAGCUGGUGGAUUAUUACGGCGCCUCAUCGAUCGCGCUCGUGCUUGCCAUUGCUGAACUGAUCGCGAUCGGGUGGGUUUACGGCGUGGAUCGACUGUGCAAGGACACGGAGUUUAUGCUUGGCCAUCGGCCCAACCUGUACUGGCGUCUGUGCUGGCGCUGGAUCACGCCCCUGCUGAUGUUUGUCAUUCUCAUCUACAAUCUUGUCACGCUCGAGCCGCUCAUGUACAAGCAGUACGUUUAUCCUACGGUCGCUUACGGCAUUGGUUGGUGCAUUUUUGCCUUUGGGCUGCUGCAGCUUCCGAUUUGGGCGGCCUACGCCGUCUACAAGCAGAGCGGCAAAUCGCUCAACGAGAAAAUUAAAAACGCCUUCAAACCGACCGCUGCCUGGGGUCCGAUUGAUCCCGCCACGCACUACGAGUACAAAAAGUUCAUCGAUGAGGACUGACUUUAGAGGGAAACCUUAACCGGGACGGCUCA